UAAAUAACAGAUGAGGGUAAAAGAUCCAUCCAAAGCUCUACCUGAGAAAGAAAAAAGGAAUAGAAAGCCUUCAAUACCUCAUGAUGAAGAUUCUUCAGAUGACAUUGCUGGUUUAACUUGCCAACAUGUAAGUCACGCUGUCAGUGUGAAUCAUGUGAAGAAAGCAAUAGCGGAGAAUCUGUGGUCAGUUUGUUCAGAAUGUUUAAAAGAAAGAAGAUUCUAUGAUGGACAGCCAGUACUUCCUUCAGAUAUUUGGUUGUGCCUUAAGUGUGGUUUUCAGGGAUGUGGUAAAAACUCAGAGAACCAGCAUUCACUGAAGCACUUCAAGAGUUCCAGAACAGAGUCUCAUUGUAUUGUAAUUAAUCUGAGCACAUGGAUUAUAUGGUGUUACGAGUGUGAUGAAAAAUUAUCAACACAUUGUAAUAAGAAGGUUUUGGCCCAGAUAGUUGAUUUUCUUCAGAAACAUGUCUCUAAAACACAAACAAGUACCUUUUCUAGAAUCAUAAAACUUUGUGAAGAAAAACGUGAAACAAGUGAAAUAAAGAAAGGAAGAAAAAGUAGCAAUGUGUCAUCUGUAAAAGGAAUUACAAAUUUAGGAAAUACUUGCUUCUUUAAUGCAGUCAUUCAGAACUUGGCACAGACUUAUAUUCUUAUUGAACUAAUGAAUGAAAUAAAAGAAGAUGGUACAAAGUUAAAGAUCUCUCCUUCCACAGAUUCUCAGCUGGACCCAUUAGUGGUAGAACUUUCAAGCCCUGGACCACUGACCUCAGCCUUGCUCCUGUUUCUUCACAGCAUGGCGGAGUCUGAAAGAGGACCACUUUCUCCUAAAGUUCUUUUUAACCAGCUUUGUCAGAAGGCACCUCGAUUUAAAGGUUUCCAACAACAGGACAGCCAGGAGCUGCUUCAUUAUCUGUUGGAUGCAGUGAGGACAGAGGAAACAAAGAGAAUACAGGCUAGCAUUCUAAAAGCAUUUAACAAUCCAACUACUAAAACUGCUGAUGAUGAAACUAGAAAAAAAGUCAAAGCGUAUGGAAAAGAAGGUGUGAAAAUGAACUUCAUAGAUCGGAUCUUUAUUGGUGAAUUAACCAGCACAGUCAUGUGUGAAGAAUGUGCAAAUAUCUCCACAGUGAAAGAUCCUUUCAUUGAUAUAUCACUUCCUAUAAUAGAAGAAAGGGUUUCAAAACCUGUACUUUUGGGAAAAGUGAAUAAAUGUAGAAGUUCACAGGAGGCAGAUCAUGAUCAGUGCAGUGGUGCUGUUGCUGCAGAAAGUGCUCCUCAGCCCAGAGCUGCCAAGAAGCACCCUUCCUCCAAAGACAAGAACCAUGACAGGAAACACGUAAGAAAGUCGUCACCCGGGGAAGAGAAGACUGGUGGGCAGAAAGGCGCCGGCCUCGGGGUGAGCGGCGGGGGCGCCGCGUGUGCGGGCGCCGAGAGCCCCAGCGACGGCAGCGAGAAGGCGGCCAGCCCGGCCGAGGGCAGCGCCAGUGCCGACGCGGACAGCGAGGCCUCGGAGUCGGAGCGCGCGGCCGAGGAGCGGCUGGCCGCCGCGAUUUCCCAGCUUUGCGUGAGCCCCGCCGCGGCUGGAGACGGCGGUUUGGACAGAGAAAGUCACCCGGCGGGCCUUCCGAACCGUGCUUCCGAGAAGGGCCCGCGGUCGCGGAGUCCCCAGCACGCCUUUCAGACCCUGUCUCAGAGCUACGUCACGACCUCGAAGGAGUGCUCCGUGCAGUCCUGCCUCUACCAGUUCACGUCCAUGGAGCUGCUGAUGGGGAACAACAAGCUGCUGUGCGAGACCUGCACCGAGAGGGGGCGGAGGCGCCAGCGGGAGGCCGGCGCUGCAGAAAAGAAAGCAGAAGGAGUUUAUACUAAUGCCAGGAAGCAAUUGCUCAUUUCUGCUGUUCCAGCUAUCCUAAUUCUCCAUCUUAAAAGAUUCCAUCAGGCUGGCAUGAGUCUUCGUAAAGUAAACAGACAUGUAGAUUUUCCACUUACGCUUGACCUGGCACCAUUCUGUUCUGCUACCUGUAAGAAUGUAAGUGUGGGAGAUAAAGUUCUCUAUGAUCUCUAUGGCAUAGUGGAACACAGUGGCUCAAUGAGAGGAGGUCAUUACACUGCAUACGUGAAAGUGAGACUGCCCUCCAGGAAACUAUUGGAACACAUCACUGGAAAGAAAAGUGUACCUGGUUUGAAGGAACCUGAUAGUGAAUCAGGAGGCCAGUGGGUCCACGUUAGUGACACUUACGUGCAGGUGGUUCCAGAAUCAAGAGCACUUUGUGCACAAGCUUACCUUCUUUUUUAUGAAAGAAUAUUAUAACUAUUUGUUAAUUGUUAGUUCGCUCACUUUUAUUUGGAUGCUGCAACGGUAACCAUAAUAGGUAACGUGCCUUUGUAAUCUCUCUUCUGUAGGAAGAGCAUAUCCCUCAAAACUGCUUUAACUUUUUUUUUUUUUUUUACUGUUUUGGAGAAUGCUUUUAAAGUCACUUAAAUUUAUUGAAUGCUUUCAAAUUAAUAUCUUAAACAUAAGGACUUUUUUGUUAAAAACUUGUCCUAGGGGACAAAGAAAUUUUCUGUAAUAGAAUAAACAUCUUUAUGAUAUGGCUUAUCAUUAUAAGCACUCAGAAACAAUCCUGGUGAAUAAAAUCAUUCCAUAAUACUGCAUUUCUGAAAAGUGGGAACAUCUUCCUGGUCAUGUGAAAUAUAUCCUGUGCCAUCAUUUACUUGUUUGUUUUAACAUUUUAGCUUUUUAUACCUUAGCCAUGUUACAAGCAAUCAUAUUUCAUAUUUUACAUGCUGAUUAUUUUUCAUUAUAAAUAUUAAAAUAAAUUUUUAACUAUUAAAGAGAAAAUAUUUAUCCAUGUACCACUUGAUUUAAAAAUCAUCUCAGGGCUAUCCUAUGGUAUAUGUGUAUUAUAAUUUGGGAAACACUGCUGUACCUAUAUGAAGUAAUGCUUAAUAUAACAUAGUUACCAUGUCAUAUUUUAUAUGAUUCAGCUGUAUAAAAAGUGUUACUGUAAUUUUAGUACUGUGGGUUUACAAAUAAUUAUUGCUUAGCUUAUUGAGGUUUUGAAAAUAUUGAAACAUUUUAUAAACAUAUCAUCUGCACUAUUCAUGGAAGAUUUAGAUAAUAUCUAAGUGGUUGGCCAAGGUCAAAGUAUAAUUAUAGAUAAUUGUAACAUACAGAAUUGGUAAAUAGAAAUUGAUAAUCUAUGUGGCACCAUAGGACGUCUUUGAAAUAUGUUACCAAAUUGUAUUUGUAAAUGGUAGAGAAUUAUAUUCUUAUACUUACAGAGAAAUAAAGUACAUUUUCUAUUUA